AUGCUGCCAGGCACUCUGGUUCCGGCCUCAGCGCUGGAGGAGGCCGCCGUGACGGAGGCAGCAGUGGCGGCUGAGCCCACCGCCGUCGCCCAGGAGACGGAGGAGGCGCCGGUGGUUACCGCGGGCGCCCCGGCGGAACCCGCGCCCGCGGAGGAACCCGCAGAGACCGAGGAGCAGGUGGUGCCCCCAGAAGCCGACGUCACCGAGGCCCCGGCUGUGGUGGCCCCGGAGGUCACGGACGCCCCGGUGGCCCCUGUGGCCCCGGAGGUGACGGAGGGGCCCCCGGACGUCCCGGCCGAGGCCCCCACCGAGGCGGCCGCGGAGCCGGAGGCCGAGGUGACCGAAGCGCCCCGCCGCCCCCCCCACCGAGCCCGCCCCCGCCCCGCUGGAGACGGAGCCCCCCGUGGUCACCCAGGCCCCCGCCGCGCCCACCCAGGCCGCCGUCGCCCCCGCCCAGGCUGAGGACGCCGCAGCAGAGCCCACCGUGCAGGUGGAGAGCCCUGAGGAGGGGAUGAGCACAGGGCAGGUGGUGGGCAUCGUGUUUGGCUCACUGCUGGCCAUAAUCGUCCUCAACGUGGUGGUGGUGACCGUGUUCAGAAGAAUGGGCCGAUACUCGUGAGUACCUUUCCCCUCCGCACACGCACACGCAUGCGCACACGCACACGCA